CAACUGGGUGGGUUGUUGUUGGUGGUGGUUUAUGUAGAGAAAUUUUCAAUUUUGCCCCGGGGGAAUACAAAUUGAACGGGUCGAGGAAAGCAGAGGCCACAGUGCAGUCGUCAAUGGCGACGGCUACACCUAUGCGGCGAACGUUCGGAGAGGAAUGGCCUGAAUUCAAUGACGGCUUAACCUACCAAGACCGCGUCCGUCCAGCUGAUGCCGGCCUUACCAUGAUUGAGUUCUACUCCAGAAAGUACAAGAAUUCAGCUCCCUUGCAGGGACAUUGAAUCUAACGGUUGAGCAGUUGGUUGCAGAGAAUUCAAAACAAUCAGAUAAUGGUUGAUGGUGUAGUUGUUAGCAAUCCCGACGCACGUCUCAGACCUGGUGCACAACUUUUAUAUCACCGCCUUCCCUGGAAGGAACCCAAUGCACCUCACUUGUUGGAAGUUCUUUUUGAAGAUGAACAUUUGAUUGCUCUAAACAAGCCUUCAGGUUUACAAGUGCUACCAGGAGGCUUAUUCCAGCAGCGGACUGUUCUGACGCAACUUCAAUGGCGUGAAAGAAAAUUGUCCUCUUCAUCAGCACCUGGAGAACAAAAUCCCGUCCCAGUUCAUCGUUUGGGACGAGGCACAUCGGGGAUAUUACUUUGUGCAAAGAUUAAGCUUGCAAAAUCUUGCCUUGCUGCAUAUUUUGCUGAUGGAACAUCUAUUGUUCAAGAAAAAAAAUUUUCCAAUCCUGAAGUCACGAGGACGAGGAAAAUUGUUAAGAUAUAUCGGGCCCUUGCAAAAGGGGUGAUAAGUGAGGAUGAGGUUGUAAUCGAGCAACCGAUUGGGGUGAUUCGUUAUCCUGGAGUUGCCAAAGGGUUGUAUGUUGCUUCUCCUUCAGGGAAACCAGCGUUGAGUAACGUUCGUGUUCUUGAGAGACAAGUGGAGAAUAAUUGGACACUGGUAGAGGUUGAAAUUCAAUCUGGCAGGCCACACCAAAUUCGCAUACAUCUUUCUUCAAUUGGUCAUCCACUAAUAGGUGAUCCUCUUUACAUUGAUGGGGGACAACCAAGGUGCUUUGAUCCGGAUCUCUUCGAUGAAAAUUUUGCUCAAGAUGGCGGAUACCAGAGGCCAGAGAAUCCAGUUCCCGGAGACUGUGGAUACAACUUGCAUGCACACAAGGUUGUUCUUCCUCACCCGAAUACACAAGAGUUGAUAACAAUUACUGCGCCGCUACCAUCCAUACUCAAGGCGAGUCCGGAGCGGUAAAGAAGAAGAAGAAGAAGAAGAAGAAGAAGUUUCUCUCUCCAUCACCAUGGCUGGUUGCAUGUAUGUAUACACACACACACACAAUUGUCCAGUCUAUUCUGAUUACUAUUGCCAUUGGCCCUAGCUAGCAUGAGAAGUGAUGGAUGGAGAUGAGAUAAAAUAGUAUUGAUUGGAGUGAUUGGGUGAUAAACUGAUAAUAGCAACUUUAAUGUCUGUAUUUUCAAUUGUUUGUGAUGAUUUUUGGACACAAUGCUCACCAACCAUAGACUAAAGCUUUUUUUGGCAG